AUGAAAAUGUGGUCCACACACUGCUUUCUUUUCAACUUCGACGAGAUGUUCCUCAAGUCCCUGUUCUAUUUCUACAAAAUUUUCGGCGUCGCACCAAUGACCCUCGAUUCGACGAAGAAUCGGCCAAGCGACGUCUCAUUCGCAUAUUCAAAAUUUGGAAUACUCUACAAUCUAUUUCUCGUCAUUUUGACAAUCUUCGCUUUCUACCAAUGCGCCAUACUGGUUCACUUUGACGUCAGCGUUGGAAUGGAUUUCCAGAGGUUCGUCAACACGACGCACCUCAUUUUCUUCGUUUUCACGACUCUGAUCGUUCUGAUCAUCUUCUGCGUUCGCCAAGAGAGGGCUGUGGCCCUGGCUAACAGACUUUCUUCGAUUUAUUAUUUAAACAAAAAUAUAAAGUUGAGCGCGAUAUUACCGAGUAUCAAGGGCAUUGUGUCGAUGACCUUCAUAACAACAAUCAUGUGGUUAGUCACUACUCCAUACGAUGAUGCUCAUCUCCUGACAUACUACGUAGCGAUCAGCCUCUACAACUUCGUCAUCAAUUCCGUGUUCCUGCAGUAUAGCGUCCUCCUGAAGCUUCUGUAUCACCUGUACCGAUCUCUCAAUACCGAUCUGCGUUCGCUUCUCGAAUCCCUCGAUAUCGCGAUCGAGAUGGACAGACAUUCGAACAACGAGAUCAAGCUAACGUCGGGUAGACUGAAGAGGUUGCGAGAAAUUCACAUGCUUCUGUGCCACUUGUCCGGAGACGUUGCCGAUUUUUACUCGCUGCCGAUCUUCUUCUGCAUCACCAACGCCUUUUUCGUGUUGAUCAUAUACAGCUACUACGUUUUCAGGGGUUUCGCAAUCGCUAUUAUGCCGGUUUUGGUAACUGUGCAUUGCACGACUAUGAUGGUCGUGAUCGUUGUCUCUUUAACGAUCCUACUGCGGACCGCCAGUGUCACGGCUGCCGAGAGCAGAGUAUCAGGGGAGAUCGUGAGCGAAUCGAUGGCCAGCUGCUCGAACCAAUUCAUAGGACGACAGUUGGAAGUAUUGUCGAUUUACUUUCUCCAUAAGAACGUAAAAUUCUGCGUCUUUAAUCUUUAUUCUCUUGACGAAUCUCUAUUGAUGUCGAUAGUAGGUGUUAUAACGACGUAUCUGAUGAUACUUCUUCAAUUAGAUGGCAGUUCCAAUUGUAAAUGA